GGGAGCGGGCCCGUGAGGAGGCGCCAGGCGCGGGGGCUCCGCUGGCGCCGGGCCCGGCUCCGGAUAAAUGGGGGGCGGCGGCGGCGGCACUCGGGAGCCUUGGCGGAGCCGGAGCGGAGCGCGGCUCGGGGCAGCAGCGGCGGCACCCGCAGCAGGGCACGAUGCGGGGCGGGCGGCCCGCGGCGCUGGCGCUGCUGGCGCUGGCGCUGCUGACGGCGCAGGGCGGAGCGGCGCCCCUGCAGCCCGGCGGGACCCCCGCGCUCACCAAGAUCUACCCUCGCGGCAGCCACUGGGCUGUGGGACAUUUAAUGGGAAAAAAAAGCACUGGAGAUUUUCCUUACGGUUCUGAAGAAGAAAACAAGACACCAUUUUCAGCAUUACCUGACAAUAUCAAGCAGCUGGAAGAGUAUCUGCAAUGGGAAGAAAUCUCAAAAUACUUGCUAAGGCUGCUAGAAAGGAAUGAAAAUAAAAGUGGUCACUUUUUAAAAGGAGGGCUUCCCUGGUAUACCAGGAACACCUGGGACACAGAUGACAAUAACAGCUGGAAACACAUGAUGGACUAUCUGCUUCAAGUUGUGAAUAUGAAAGAGAGCACUCCAAGCUGAAAGAAGAUCACUAAAUCAUGAAGAAAUUAAAUACUUUCUGUAAGAGACUAUAUUUCACAAGCACUUGAUUGUAUCAGAUAAUCAACAAGGUCACUUUUCUGUACACAAGAAUUCUUUUGUGUGAAGUACAUAUUUAAAUACACAUAUUCUUGUAUGGUUCAGCAAGAACUAAAUCCUCUACUUCAUUUUCAAGGUUUCUUUUUCUCAUUUGAAUGGCUUUGAGAUAUUGAGAUAUAUAUAUAGAGAGUAACGGAAGGGUCUUCCAAUUAAUUAUAUGACUUACUUAUCGAAUCACUUAAUCUCUUAGUUCUGAAGUACAUGACAUUGAAACAUUCGCAAUAAAAAGUACCAAG